ACUCCCCUGAGGCAUCCCGACCUGCAGCCGCUGUGGUCAGUACUACGAAAUUUGGACCCCUGCGGUCUUUAGAAGGACGGGGAUCAGUAUCGGAGAGUCAUUUCAAAAAGGUACAAAAGAUGCUCCUCUCCCAAAGAUCUGUCCGGGCUCUGGUUUUCGUGAUCAUUGUAAUGUUUUCGUCUACAAAAGCACAGGACACCGAAAGCAAGAGGGCAGUAACUGAGCAUCAAUUCAUGCAUGACAAAGGCAGAGCUAUGCAAAGUCUAAAGCGUCUCAUUUGGCUGUCCAGUGCCAUGGGAGGAGUACAUACAGCCACCGGCAGGGAUCUGUCCGAAAUGGAACCUGCUUGGGAUCAUUUAAGUGGACAAGGGAGAACGAAUUUUGACAGCCCUACAUCCAAGAAGACACAGGCUUUCAAAAGACUGCUCACCUUUCUGAUUCGGGAUGGCCAGCGGGGAGAUACGCUACAGACUGUCUUCAAUAGUCUGCUCCUUCGAGACACAUCCCGCCAAGUGCCGGAACUGGCGACAAGCAAUGAGAAGUAAACUCCAUCAUUUCUACCAAACGCCUGCACAUUCCAGGGGACAUUUGUAUAUACCUGUGCAAGUAUAAGAGCCAAAGCCACUCACAUCCGAAUUGUUUUGGAAAAAUGUUACAUGUGGCACAUGGGAGCGCACUUCGGCGCACGCACGCACGCGGUGGGAACGGGUCAUGUAAGCCCCCACAUUAGCCACCUCUUCAGCUUCAAAGUGACUCUAAUAAAAGCACAUUUCUUUUGUUA